GCCAGAUGAGUGUGCCACUUAUUUGGAUUACUGCCAUUUGACAGUAUCAGUCGUUCCUGUACUCAUAACUCAUCUUUUUUUUUUAACUUGUGUACAUAUUUAAUUGUACAAAACUUAAUUCGUCUUGGAACUAUAUCAAGAUCACCAUCAAUAUACCAACAUGAAUGGCCUCAUCUUCCUGUUGUUCUGCAUAGAAAUACUGGGUGCACUCUUGUGUGGAGCUCAAACUGCCCCAGGAUCGACUGCUGCUGUCUUUUUGAGUACUACAAAUCCCAAAAGUGAUUCAAAUGCAGACUCCUUUGUUCACUCUUCUCCAAUACCAUCCCUACCUGAUCUCACCAGUGUGGCCGACGCCAUUUCUGCAGCCACCACUCAGCCACCUGCAACAGCCUCCAAGAGUCAAAGCAUUUUACCUCCAACUCACCCACAGCCCACCCCGACUUCCACCCCCACUUCCAUCACCAUGCUAAGCUUUUACAAGAAGGAAUAUCUGCUGGUGUUCAUGGUGGUCGGUGGACUGAUCUUGCUCUGCGUUAUUCUGAUGAUUUGUUGUUUGUUCCUGAUGUGUAAGGUUUGCCAGUUGAACAAACGCAUCAAGAUGCUGAGCAGCGAUGCCGACCCCGACUACUGGAUGGGAACUGCCAAGAAGAACAAAAGCACGCCGGAGACAGAAGCCAAAGAGACCACCGUGUUAAUGGCAGACAUCAGUCAAACAGUGGAGGAGGUGGGUAACGGCACCAACAAGGAAGAAGGGGGGAAGGUAAACGAGGACGAACAAACAAUAGAGGAGGGCAAGAAUGAGGAGGGAGAUGCUGCAAGGAGUGAGGAGGCUUCAUCUACACCUGCGACCGUUACAGGAAAUGCACCUUCCUCAAAGCCACAAGAGGAGGCUGCAGAUGCCCAGACAGCUAAAGCUGAAGCAGCCUCCUCCUCUACAGGCACAGAGGAGCCAAAAGAUGUGGCAUAGAGUUUCGUUGUGUACCAGAGUUUCCUGAGCACCUGACUCCACUUCCCUAUAGCUUUACAAAUCUUUGCGGUACAUAAAGGACAUUUUUUCUGCAGCUUUUUAUUUUUACAGUGAAUUAAACCGUUGAAACCUGGAACAACAUUGCAUCAGACACCAUUGACAAAUAUUUAAAUCUUAAAACCCUGAGAAAAUUUAGAGAAUUUAGUACAUUAAGAAAACUGUUUUUAAAAAAGCCAGGGGAACAAUUUCCAGAAGACUACAUUAUCAUAUUAUAUAAAGUUUUUUCUUUUUUGCUAAUUUUUUGGUACUUUUCAUGUACGUUUUACUAAUUUCUUGCUAAUUUA